UUGUUUCUCAAACUAAUGGGACAUCGACAAGGCAAGACUGUCGUCGUCUGUAGAGAAACUGUGGACAUUAUGUAGCCUAAAUUAUAUUAUUUAGAUCUCCGUAGACUAAUAUAAUGUACAAUAUAAUAGUUUCUGUAUGUAGAUAGUGGUUUGUAGUUAUUAUAGUCUCAAAUAGGUCAGUGACAGUAAAGGGGAGCCAGAGAGUCAGUCCUGGCGGAACUGGACACUAGUUUGUCUGUCUGAUUCCGGUCAUGGAUCGGGUCCAGUAAACCCGAAUCAAAAUGGCGUCCGCCGGUCCACCCGACACGGGCUUAUCUGCCCCUCCAGAUCUGAGGACUCCGUUUUGGAGGUUGUUGGCCUCUCGGAGAGGGUCCAGCGGAGUUCGAAAGAUGACCAUUACGGAGGGGCCAGGAUCAUCUCAGAGUAUGAAGAAGACCAUUGGUCACCGAGGAGUUGACCCCACAGGAGAAACGACUUACAAAAAGACGACCUCCUCCGCCCUCAAAGGUGCCAUCCAGCUGGGUAUCGCACACACCGUAGGCAGCCUCAGUCAGAAAGCUGAGAGAGACGUUCUCAUGCAGGACUUUUAUGUAGUAGAGAGCAUCUUCUUCCCCAGUGAAGGAAGUAAUUUGACUCCAGCUCAUCACCACGGUGACUUCAGGUUUAAGACCUACGCCCCCAUCGCCUUUCGUUAUUUCAGAGAACUCUUCGGCAUUCGACCUGAUGACUAUCUGUAUUCUCUAUGUAAUGAUCCUUUAAUCGAACUGUCCAAUCCUGGAGCGAGUGGAUCAAUAUUUUAUGUGACAAGCGAUGAUGAGUUCAUUAUUAAAACAGUGCAGCACAAGGAGGCAGAGUUCCUGCAGAAACUACUGCCCGGGUACUUCAUGAAUCUGAAUCAGAACAAGAGAACACUGCUCCCAAAGUUUUAUGGCUUGUAUUGCGUGCAGGCGGGCGGAAAGAACAUUCGUAUCGUCGUAAUGAAUAACCUGUUGCCCCGCAGUGUGCCUAUGCACCACAAAUAUGACCUGAAGGGCUCCACGUACAAGCGCCGUGCCUCCCCUAAAGAGAGAGAGAAAAGAGUCCCCACUUACAAAGAUCUGGAUUUCAUCCAGGACAUGCCCGAGGGCAUCCAACUUGAACCUGACAACUACAACGCCCUCUGCAAAACCAUCCAGCGGGACUGCCUGCUGCUACAGAGCUUUAAGAUUAUGGACUACAGUCUGUUGGUGGGGAUCCAUAACACGGAUCAGGCAUCUCGUGAGCGAGCAGGGGCGGUCGAGGGUGGGGGGUCCGAGGGGGCCGUGACGCCAGACCACAGGAGGCCGCAGGCUCAGAAAGCUCUGUACAGCACCGCGAUGGAGUCCAUACAGGGAGAAGCCAAAGGGAAAGGAACCCUGGAAACAGAGGACCAAUGGGGAGGAAUCCCAGCACGCAACAGUAAAGGAGACAGAAUACUGGUUUAUAUUGGGAUCAUCGACAUAUUACAGUCAUACAGAUUUAUUAAAAAAAUAGAGCAUUCCUGGAAGGCCUUGGUCCAUGAUGGGGACACGGUCUCUGUACAUCGGCCUGGAUUCUACGCUGAGCGAUUCCAGCGUUUCAUGUGCAGCACAGUUUUUAAGAAAACACUCAAAUCUUCCCCCUCAAAGAAAAGUCGAAGUGGCUGUUCGAGUGUUGUGAGACGACUUCCUAUGGGAAGCUCUGCUCCCGCCCCUGGCGGACAGACAGUUGCUGACGCCAGACUCGCGUACCGUACUCACCUUAGCCAGUCCGAUACAGAAGGAGAGAGCGGCAUGCAGUCAGGCAGACCGGACCUGCUUCCACAAACCGAUCCCUUGGCUGGAAGCUCUAGUGAGUUUGCGGCAUCAAAUAUGUCCAACUCCUCACAAGGCAGCACAGGAAUGACAUCAUCUUCACCUCCUCGAAGGUCAGUAGGGGUGGAGGUACACAAAUCUGCAGUCACUGAGCAUGACAACAGCGCCCCCCACAGCACUGGAGCCGAAUGCUUAGAUGAGCAGUUAAGCAAUGAAGAUGCCAUUUCGCUCAAAGACAUCAUCCCAGAGACUGACAUUUGUUUUUAAGAGCAGAGCGAUGACUGACUGACGACACCAGAAGCAGAGAGAUGACACACACAGAAACUCAAGAGAGAUGAAGGGCUACGAUGGCGAUUUUCUCUCAAUAGGAGCUUGGGAAAGAUCUCCAGGUCCUCAGCACAAUGACAUGCGUUUUAAAAGUGAGUGAGUGAGAAACAGAGAGAAUGAAGAAAAGCCAUUGAGCCGAGAUGGCUUUUUCUCGUUCUCUUGCACAGGAAAUGCUGCUAAACCCAGUUUUAACCACAAACUUUAUACAGUUAUUGGAAAGGUGAUCAGUCACGUUCUUUACUGCCUUUGUUCUCUCUUAAACUUUUACAACAGAGCAAGAAGGAUGCACAAACAAAUUUUAGUUUUCUCUGCCUAGCUAGUGCUGGGAGAAGAAACGCGUUACACAGUUGGCUCCACUUUAUAUUAUCCUUGGAGUCUGUUGCAUAAAUCUUUAUUUAUAUCAGUCUUUAAAUUCUCUCUGAACUGGUGUGACUUAGACUAACGGCUGCUAGCGCUCCAGUAUGUUUAUCUCAGAAGGCAUUAAGCCGACAACUUCUAUAUCUCAUGAGCUUCUGUAAAUACAUAUGAAGGUUAAUUGUGUUUUGACUUUUCUUUUUGAGUAAACCUGAAGAGAGCAUCGUUUUUCCAGCUCUUUCUGUGUUGAGACAGCAUGUGCCCUAAGAGUGACAAAAAAAGGGAAAAAUGACCAAAAAUGAUUCCCACUUUUUUAUAGCUUUGUAUCUUCUAAAUAUCCUGUAUUCGGGCUUAGUAUUUCAUGGUUAGAUUGCCUUCUCCGAGGUGCCACUAAGUAGAUUUAGAUAUUUUGUUUUUUAAACGGAUUAAUUCAUAUAAUUGUGUCUCUAUGCAUUUUUUUUCCCCUCCCUUCCCAUUGUAAGUUGCCCCUCCAUAUUGGACCAAUCAACUGUCAAGUUUGAGAAACGGACGGAUCCUCAUGCAUGUCAUAUUCUCUUUUCAGUGCACAUAUUGCUGCCAUGCCAAGGGCCCUGUAAUAUUAGCGUACUGUAUUUGUGUAUAUAGUUCUGUAAAUAAUUAUUCUUUCUGUUCCUGUACAUUCUAAAACGCUACUAAUGUGCUCUUCCAGCACAGCAGCUAUUGUCUUUUAACUAACAUGUUAACGAAUAGACUGAUUGAUUGAUGUGCCAUGACGUCUUCCAAUCAUACGCCUUAAUCCAACUAUCGAAAGCAGCGUGUUGGUAAGAAAACGCUCGUUUCUGCUGGUUACAGAAAUUACACGGCCUCCAAACACUUGGACCAACAUGGAUCUGCUUAAGUCAUUUCAGGUCUACCUGUUACAGAUGUUUUUGCUACAUAAUGCAUGCUUUACUGGCCCUUUCACACAAGCCUAAGCAUUAUACACAAUCAUAUAAUGUGUAAACAGGACUGAAAAGCCUUUCAGCAAUUUCAUUAUCAAGAAUGUAGGCUUAAUUUACAUUCUAACACCUUAUAUUGUCGGUAGAUAAGAAAUCUUGAGAGUAUUCCCGGCUGAUUUCCAGUUGAUUGGAUGUAAAAUCUGUUCAACGAUCUUUUGUACAGUUGUCGUUAGACUCGUAAUCCUUUAAACUGAGAGUGAAGAAAGAAAAUGGACACUAACGGACUUGACCAGGGCACAUGUGAACACUUUAGAGGAGCUGGAAAGAAAACCGCAGAGUCUUUGGCUCACUGCAAGCUCUCUGAUGAAUCUGCCUUUCUAUUAUCACAUCCAUUUGGAUCGAUUGAACAGAGGAAGUAGUUUUGUAAUGGAUCCAUUGGUUGACAGGCAUUACUUAGUUUCUCUUUGGCCGAUUCCUGGUCCUGAUACCUCUGCCACACACAGAUCUGAGACUGACACUGCAGUCUUGAAGUAUUUAGAAGAAGGGCUGACUGUAGGUUUGAACAGUGUUGUGUUGUCCCAAAAACAACAGUUGGUGAACUGCAGCUCUUAAAAUCACACAAGUGUGGGAGCGAAGUGAUCGUUUGCCAAGGAUUUUCCUUUGCAGACCUGAAGAAUAUGCACAGGAAGUACAUUGACGGUCUGUUUUGACAAGACUGUUUUGAAGAAAUGGUGGAUGCAGUAUUUAUGCAUAUUCUAGUUGUUUUUGACAUUAAUGUAUGUUAAUCAAAUUGAUAAAAAUGUAUACUUGUGCACAGAAGUUAUGGAGUUUGGGUCAAUGUUAUGUUUUAUUUUUUUUUGCUUUGCUCUUUUGGUUUGAAUCAUUUCAAUGCCUAUUGUCGGAUCAUGUUACAGAACACCUUAAUGCUUCACAAAAAUAAAGUUUUAUCUAGAAAAAAAAUGAUCUAACACACAACAAGCUAAUAUCACUAAAAAGCAAGAGCUAAGCUCACAGUUGAAAAGUAGACAUUUCAGGAUUGGCUUUGGCACUGAUAUUAAAAAUAAAGAUAAGCAGUCUGCUAUAUUUUACUUUUUUUGUCUCAAAGCAGGUUUUUCACAUCAUUUCUAAACUUUAUAAAUUAUUUGUGAAUGUCAAAAGUUACCUAAAUUCGCAUUUAACUCCUACAGUGUAACAUUAACAUUUUUACAUUUUAUAGUCAAUUUUUUAUCCUCUCUCUGGAUACUGGGUCUAUAUAAUAAUGGAUAGUUACUUUUAUAAAAACUAAUAUUGCACACAAUGUUUCGUAUUCAUUUCACUGUUCAAUGUGGUGCUUUUUAUCUGCUCUGUAUAAUGCCUCUUAUAGACCUUUGUAGAUUUGAGGUUCUGAAAUUCACAACUUAAAAUCUGAUCUUGGAUCAGCUCUCAGUGGCUUAAUUUCACAGUUGGCUUGUGGGGAAUUUUUCUGGAAUCGUAUAAGAUUAAGCACACAGAUAUAAAAGGUUUUUUUUUUUUUUUUUCCGUCUUCACCAUUCAGGCCUCGCUCUCAUUUAUGUUUCUGUUAUUUAUUAAUCUGUGUUUAUGAUCUCAAGAUGCAACAAUCACUGCCUUUCUCUGACCAACACUCAAUACUGAUCAAUUUGUUCUUAUAGGCUAGAAUGAUGUUCCGCUCCUCUAAAACCACACUAAAACAUCCCAAAAGUAAAUCUUUUGGCCUGACAAUAAUGCAGACGUAAUGCGAAUGAAAGUGCAACUUUGACACUAAACAGACCAACCAAUCUACUGCAAUAUGAACAUUUCUGCCAAUGUAUUUCAGUGAUUGUAUUUAUUAAGAAAUGUCUUUUGUUUUGUUUUUUUUACUUUGUGGACCUGUAUGGAUUUUGAAUUCUCUAUGUACCGUAGAUGAUUGUAUGUAUUAUGUAAUCUGUCUGCAAUUUCUGUGAUCGAAGUAGUAUGUAUUUUAUUUUGGGUCUGAGGGAAGUUCUUGACAAUAUAAACCAUUUUUGUAUUUUAUGUGUUUGUGUCCAUGGUAAAUUCAUUAUAAAUCUGUGAAAGCUCUUCCUCAGCUUUUCUACUUGUGAAUGUCUGGCGGUGUCAGGAACAAUAACUGGCAACCGUAAGUGCUUUUGAGGAUUAUAUUUUUACCUGGUCUGUAUAAAACAUGUAUAUAUUAUGUAUAUAAGCAAGUCACGGAAAUGCCUUUUUCUUGUGUGGUGUUUGCAGCCUGUUUCUUCUACCAUCUUUCAGUGAAGUGGUGAUUCUGUUUUUUCACAUCGUCUUUCUGAUUUAAGAAGAAUAAAAUAUUUUCCAAACCA